ACAACACACACUCCGUUAAGCAACGCCAAGCGAGCCAAACGUUAAACCGUGGAGAAACUUCGUCUAUGCAUCGUUAAAGCUGCAAAGAAAAGUGAAAAGUCGUGUUUUUUUGGCAGGUUUUUGACUCUCGCGGAUAGUUGAAACAGUUUCAUAGGACCACAUUUUCUUAUCACAUACUUUUCAAAAUUAAAAAAAGGACAAGUAAUUGUCAUAUAAAGUUUAAAAUUUUACCUACAAAGCGUGCUGAUCAGCGAAUAUAACGUGUUUCGAUUAAAAAUGUCUCGGAUUUUAUAUCACCACACCGAAAUUUGAUAUUAAAUAAUACGUCUGCAUUGGUGAAAGUGUGUUAACAUCUUUGCAUACAUAUGCCCAACGAGCAAGUUGAAAAUAUCACCUCAACAACUUUACUAUAAAGUGCUUGCCUGUAAAGCAAGUUAAAUUCUAUGCAUAUGCAUAGAGGCCUUUAAGUUCAGUACUAUAGAUAAUAAGCUAACAAUCGAAGAAAUGUAUGCGGCUUUUAAUUUUACCUUGUGGGUAAUAUGAUUGUAAAUUGAAAACAGAAACGCCCAACUUGCAGCAAGGUCAAAUCAACAAAAAUACAAUUACUACAAAGUAAACAAAAAAGCUUGAAAGGAAGCUUGAACAAAAGACUUAAGCAUCAUGCGUCAAAUAGUAGUAUUUGUACUAAUUAUCUGUACCUGCUAUGCGCUAGCAGCUGACAUAUUAAUGGCUACUCAAGGUGGAACAAAGUCACACAAAAUACCAUUUUGGGAGCUGGCUAAAGGACUUAUAUCUAGAGGUCACAAUAUUACUUUUCUAAAUGGAUUUCCGGCAGAUUUUCAUGUUGAAGGCCUUCACGAGGUAACACCUGCCGGCCUCGUUGAAUAUAUUCAAAAUUAUACGAAUUGGGACUUAUUGGGCUCACGAAUGGCUGGAGAGAUGCCCAUUAAACCUUGGGAUGGACUGCGAUAUGCCUUUGAAUCGUGUGAUGCUAUGCUUGGAGAUGCAGAGACUAAAGAGCUAAUGAACCGUAGUUUUGAUCUGGUCAUAUUAGAUGGAGCCUUUCCAGAAUGCCUUUUAGGUUUAGUGCACCAAUACAAGAUUCCAUUCAUGUACAUAAACACCGUAGGUUUUUACACGGGCAGUCUCUCGGUUGCAGGAAACCCUGGAAGUUAUGCCAUAACCCCAAACUUUUAUUCCCGGUUUACGGAUACUAUGAGCCUAUACGAGCGGGCUAUAAAUACUGGGAUGCAGAUCGGACAAAGUCUAAUGCACAUGUACGUUAUGCGACGAACACAUCUGGUAUUGCGGCACCACCUCGGCUCCCAUAUACCACAUCCUUAUGAAAUUUCCCGAAAUGUUAGCUUUAUUCUUCAAAAUGGACACGCUGUGGUAUCCUAUCCAAGAGCUUUCAAUCCGAAUGUGGCUGAAGUUGCAUGUAUUCAUUGUAAACCACCUAAGAAUCUUCCCUGGGACUUGGAGGAAUUUAUUGGAGCCUCUGGUGCCUCUGGAUUUAUUUAUGUAUCUAUGGGAUCCUCGGUAAAAGCGGCGAACAUGCCGGUGUCCCUUCGUCAAAUGUUAAUUAAAACUUUUGCGAGGUUGCCGUACCAUAUAUUAUGGAAGUAUGAGGGCAGCGCCGCAGAUAUGCAGGAUCUUACUUCAAAUGUAAAGCUUUCAAGAUGGCUACCACAGCAGGAUAUUCUUGGCCACCCAAAGCUCCGUGCAUUUGUCACUCAUGGAGGCCUGCUUAGCAUGUUCGAAACUGUUUUUCAUGGAGUGCCCGUUGUAACAAUGCCAGUUUUCUGCGAUCAUGAUGUCAAUUCAGCCAAGGCAGAAGUGGAUGGUUAUGCGAUAAAACUUUAUCUUGAGACAUUAUCGGCGAAUCAGCUUUAUAAAUCCAUUAUGAAAGUGAUUCAUGAUCCCCGUUAUAGAAACGCAGCUCGAUACCGUCAAAAGCUGUUGCUGGAUCAGCGCUCAUCAGCUUUAGAGACUGCCAUUUAUUGGACGGAAUAUGUAUUGCGUCACAAAGGAGCUUAUCAUCUACAGGCUCCUUCUCGAAAUAUGUCUUGGUGGCAAUACUAUUUACUGGAUGUAGUCGCGAUGUAUUUUCUGGCCCUAUAUAGUCUUAUUCUUUUACUUAAGCGCAUGGAUUUCCGGACUGAAAAGUUUCGAAAUCUUCCUACAUCUAUGUCCUCUACAUCAGCAGAAGUUAAAACAAAGUUGAAAAAACCUUAACUCUAAUUUGGCUUUGGAUAAUUCUCGCAAAUUGUCGAUCUUUAAGGGAUUAGUUGUGAUUUUUACGUAUUUGAUAAGAAAACACCGAAUUCACCGUGGCUUCUUUUUUUAAAUGUUAACACAUAAAAUGAUAAUUAUGGAAAAACUUCAAAUAUGCAAACAUUCCUGUUGUGACAUUAAAUAACCAAGCAGAAACUUUACCCUGGAUAAUUGAAACCAAAGUAUGCAAAACACAUUGUUAAACUAAAUUUAGUUACAAUAAAGCUUAUCUUGUAAGUUUUAUACACUUAAA